CCGCCGCGGCCGCUCCUCCGGGCGCUGCUCCCGCCCAGCUCCGCGCCGCCGCGCCGCCCCUUCCCGCGAUAGCGCCGGGCCCGCUGUCAUGGCGGCGGCGGAGGAGCCCGAGGUGGACAUCGAGGGGGACGCAGCGGCCGCGCCGGGAGAUCAUGAAAACACAGCAUCAAGCCUGCUGCAGGACCACUAUCUUGAUUCAUCUUGGAGAACUGGCAACAGUCUUCCCUGGACGUUGGACAGCAGCAUUAGUGAAGAAAACAGGGCUGUCAUUGAGAAGAUGUUGCUGGAAGAAGAAUAUUAUUUAUCCAAUAAAUCACUUUCUGAAAAAAUAUGGCUCAACCAAAAGGAAGUGGAGAAAAGACCUGUGAAAAGCCCACAUAAGAAAACUGGAAAAGUCAUGGUGCGUUCACCUACAAAAUCACCUGGCUGUUCCUUGAAGUGGACAUCAGAGGAAAAAGAGCUGUUUGAACAAGGACUGGUGAAAUUUGGCCGCAGGUGGACGAAAAUUGCCAAACUGAUCGGCACUCGAACAGUUCUGCAAGUCAAGAGCUAUGCCCGGCAGUACUUCAGGAACAAGGCGAAAAAUGGUGAUUCAGAAAAAGAAGAGCAAAGUCAGUGUGGGAGCAGCCUUCCCACGGAAGAUGGGACAAGGGUGGAAGCUGGAAACUUGAGAGGCCGUGCAGACCCCAACCUGAACGCGGUGAAAAUCGAGAAGCUGUCAGAUGAUGAGGAAGUGGACAUAACUGAUGACAUGGAUGAACUGCUCACUCCUGCCUUCCAGCAAGAAACAGGAAAAUCUGAAUUAUCUGUUAUCCCAAAAAGUCCAGUUGAAGAAACAAAAGCAGUGGAGCAAGGUUUUUUGUCUGCUGGCCACAGUUCUGCAGCUGCUGUGGCUAAAGAAGAUCCUCAGCAUACCAGGCCAGACACAGUGGAUGCAUUGGUAUUUCCUGCUGUGGCAGCAACGUGUUCCCAGCACCUAAAUGGGGAUAAAUCUGUGAAUUUGGAUUUCCAGCAAUGCAACAGUCUUGUUGAGAAAGCUGAGCAAAGUGGACCAGUCACAUGUCCUCCAGAAGGAAACAAUCAGGACCUCAGUGAGGAGCAAAGAGACCUGGCUGAUAAUGGAUUGCUUUUUCCUUCUCCCUGCCAAGUGGAUGAAGAUCAUCAAGAGGAAGCAGAGGAGCUGAAGCCACCUGAUCAAGAAGUGGAGGUUGACAGAAGCAUCAUUCUGGAAGAAGAGAAGCAGGCUAUUCCAGAAUUCUUUGAAGGGCGCCAGGCCAAAACGCCAGAGCGUUAUUUGAAAAUCAGGAAUUAUAUUUUGGAUCAGUGGGAGAGGUGCAAACCCAAAUACCUGAACAAGACCUCGGUGCGGCCAGGCCUGAAGAACUGCGGGGACGUCAACUGCAUCGGGCGGAUCCACACCUACCUGGAGCUGAUAGGAGCAAUCAACUUUGGCUGUGAACAGGCCGUGUACAACCGGCCGCAGCCCGCCGACAGGAGCCGCUGCAGGGAGGGCAAGGACACGGUGGAAGCCUAUCAGCUGGCCCAGCGCCUGCAGUCCAUGCGCACGAGAAGACGCCGAGUGCGGGACCCGUGGGGAAACUGGUGUGAUGCAAAGGAUUUGGAAGGACAGACAUUUGAGCAUCUCUCAGCUGAAGAAUUAGCAAGAAGGAGAGAGGAAGAAAAGCUGAAACCUGCAAAAUCUUCUAAAGGUUCGAGACAAAUCAAAAGUUCCUUUGAUCCCUUUCAGCUGAUACCAUGCUGUUUGUUCACGGAAGAAAAGCAGGAACCCUUUCAGGUGAAAGUGUCUUCUGAAGCACUUUUAAUAAUGGAUUUGCACUCUCACGUGUCUCUGGCAGAAGUGAUUGGGCUGCUUGGUGGAAAGUACUCUGAAGCUGAUAAAGUUGUGGAAGUGCGUGCGGCAGAGCCGUGCAACAGCCUGAGCACGGGGCUGCAGUGCGAGAUGGACCCGGUGUCCCAGACGCAGGCCUCGGAGUCGCUGGCAGCCAGGGGCUUCCAGGUGAUCGGCUGGUACCACUCCCACCCCGCCUUCGAGCCCAGCCCCUCCAUCCGCGACAUCGACACCCAGGCCAAGUACCAGAGCUAUUUCUCCAGGGGUGGUGCCAUGUUCAUCGGGAUGAUCAUAAGCCCUUACAACAGGAAUAAUCCUCUUCCCUAUUCCCAGAUCACCUGUCUGGUCAUUAGUGAUGAGAUCAGUUCUGAUGGUUCCUAUCGCCUGCCCUACAAAUUUGAAAUGGAGCAGAUGUUGGAGGAGCCUCAGUGGGAAUUAAUAUUUGAAAAAACAAGGUGGAUAAUUGAGAAAUACAGAUUUUGCCACAGCAGUGUCCCCAUGGAUAAAAUUUUUCAUAGAGAUUCUGACCUGACUUGUUUGCAGAAACUUUUGGAGUGCAUGAGGAAGACUUUGGGCAAGGUAACAAGCUGCCUCAUUGCUGAAGAGUUCUUGACUCAGAUUGAAAACUUGUUCCUUUCCACGUACAAGAGUGAAAAAAAUGCUGAAGGAAGUGAGAAUGAAGGUUCACAUGAAUUGCCAGUGUGAUGGCUUUGGAAUUUUGAUUUCAUUUUUUACUUUCUUCCCCUCCUCUCCAUUAUGUCAACUUUUUCUGAAUUGUUAUCCCUUUUGGUAGUGACUGUUAAGAAUCCAGUGUUGUCUCAUUGUUGUGGUUUAAAAACACUUUGAAAGCUCCUAAUUUGUGUGACCUGUGUGCCCAAGGAAUGCUUGAUGCUGAGGAGUGCCAUGGAGGUAAUGAUUGACCAGCCUGAUGUUUGGGAAGGAGGACACCCUGUCAAGAAUGCUGUGCAUCACUCUGCAAAGAGAGCUUGUCCUCUCUCAAGUCUUUCACUUUGGGAAUUUUCUCUAAUGUUUUUGUCUACACGUGCACCUCUAGCUCAGAAUGGAUUUGUUUAUUUGCUUUAUGGAGUGUGAGUUUGAAUGAAUUCACAAAAGGGAAACUUAACUGAAAUGAGAGUUUUAUAGCCCAAACUUUCCUGGUGUCCAGUAAAAAGUUUCAUUCAGUUGUAGCAAAAUACAUCCCCCAAUUUCUUUUUACUAUUAUUUUUCAUAUUAUUUUACCCACUGAUUCUGUUGGUCAAGUAGCUUUUUGGCACAUUCUUUGCCAUCCUGCUUCCAUAUUGGGGAGAAAAAGCUGAUGAGUGUCAUGACUUCUCAGUAGUGGCUGUGCUUGUUUCCAGUGGAAAUGAUAACUCCUGUCUUACCACAGGUUAUCUCUUUCUGACCUUCCAUUCUACAGGGAGGUUUUAUGUUGUUCUCCAGAUCAUUGUGGUUUGUCCACUUCUAAUUGCCACUGUUUCCUGUGGAAACCAGAGCUCCUGAUUGAUGGCAGACUGAGUGCAACGAGCAGAAAAGGAUUUGUGUGUUUGAAGAAAAAAAAAAUCCCCACUUUUGUAUUCAGAGUCUUCUCUAUAAUGUAUAGUUCAAUAGAAAAACACUUGUUUGUAUCAGCUCCUCAGUUAUGAUUUCAUACAGGUAUAUAUUUAGAUAAAUGAGUCACAGAUUGAUCUUGAUUGAGAAGUUUCCUGAUUGCAACUUGGAAAUGUUUCAUGAGCUGUAUCACUGUGAAUAUUUUUAGAAAAAAAUGUGCUUUAAAUGUUGCUUUCUAAAUACUAAUGAAACUUGACUUGUCUACAGGUAUUACUAUUUACACAUGUUUAUCUUGGGCAGAGUUUCUCAGAGAGGUCUAAAAUAUAUUUGAAAGUUUCAAGCAAGACUUGGAAUUUAUAUCUAGAGGGGAGACAAUGGACCCAGUUUUUAUUUUAAGAAAAUAUGUGUGUGUGUAUAUAUAUACAUAUAUACAGUUCUACAUAACAUAAAUGGAAUUUUGAGAUUUUA